AUAGAAAAAUAAAAGAAAAAGAAAAGCGAGGCGAGGCUGUGCUGUCCUGAGCGGCGCUAAGCAGUUCCAUCUGUCAGCCCGAAUCUCAGGCUAAUAGCCCGUGGCAUCGACGACAGCCCUCCGUCCACUCACUACCUGCCUUUGUCCAAUUACAUCGCGGUGAGCCCACCUCCAAAAAAAAACACACACAUCAGGCAGCAAAUGGAAGCGAUGAGCAAAUAAAAUGAAAGAAAUGGAAACAUCAGGAGGACGCCCGCCAUGGAGCCCCAAAGUUUUAUCCCGCACUUUGAAGUGGAAGAGCGGUGGCGGCUCGGCGCGCUGGUGACUCUUCGGCUCGGCUCGGCUCGGCUCAUCUCCACUUCAGCACUUCACCUUGCCACGGGCUCUGCCGCCACAGAUUGGUUCAUUGUCAAGGAGAUUUUUUUUUUUUUACCCAUGAUUCCAUAUGGUAUGGACUGGGCUACAUGUUGCCCAACAUGCCAGUGCAAAUGUUUUCUCAAUUAGGUGUCUUAUCUCCCGUGAGUUAGCAUCAGAUGAAGCUUGCUGACAGCGUAAUGGCAGGGAAAACCUCGGACGGCUCCAUCAAAUGGCAGCUCUGCUAUGACAUCUCGGCCAGGACUUGGUGGAUGGAUGAAUUCCAUCCCUUCAUAGAAGCACUCCUGCCCCAUGUUCGAGCAUUCGCCUACACAUGGUUUAACCUUCAAGCUCGGAAAAGAAAAUACUUCAAAAAGCAUGAGAAGCGCAUGUCAAAGGAAGAGGAGAGAGCAGUCAAGGAUGAGUUGCUCAGCGAGAAGCCAGAGGUCAAGCAGAAGUGGGCCUCCCGACUACUGGCAAAAUUACGCAAGGACAUCCGGCCUGAGUUUCGAGAGGAUUUUGUGCUAUCGGUCACUGGCAAGAAGCCGCCAUGUUGUGUACUGUCCAAUCCGGACCAGAAAGGCAAAAUGCGGAGAAUUGACUGCCUGCGGCAGGCGGACAAGGUCUGGAGGUUAGACCUGGUCAUGGUGAUUUUAUUCAAGGGGAUUCCUCUCGAAAGUACUGAUGGCGAACGCCUUGUAAAGUCUCCUCAAUGCUCAAAUCCAAGCUUGUGUGUACAACCCCAUCACAUAGGAGUUUCAGUUAAAGAGCUCGACCUUUACUUGGCAUACUUUGUUCACGCCGUGGAUUCAGGUCAGUCCGACAGCCCAAGCCAGCCGAGUGAAGCUGACAUUAAGGACCAGCCAGAAAAUGGACACUUGGGCUUCCAGGACAGUUUUGUCACUUCGGGUGUCUUCAGUGUCAGCGAGCUCGUCCGUGUCUCACAAACGCCCAUCGCUGCAGGGACAGGGCCUAAUUUUUCCCUGGCAGACUUAGAGAGCUCUUCCUACUACAGUAUGAGCCCAGGUGCCAUGAGACGACCCCUGCCCAGCACAUCGUCAAGCAGCUCCGCCAAGCGUAUUAAAUGUGUGGAGGAUGAUGUGGACAGUCCAGGGGAGGAGUCGUUUUACCCGGGUCAGGGUCGGUCACCGGGCAGCGGCAGUCAAUCCAGCAGCUGGCACGAAGUGGAGCCAGGGAUGCCAUCGCCUACUACAUUAAAGAAGUCAGAGAAGUCUGGUUUCAGCAGUCCCACGUCUUCGCAGACCACCUCCCCUCGAACGGCAUUUACACACCAUCAUCGGCCUGUCAUUACAGGACCCAGAGCAAGUCCACACGCGACGCCAUCAACUCUUCAUUUUCCAACGUCUCCAAUCAUCCAACAGCCCGGACCCUACUUCUCCCACCCAGCCAUCCGCUACCACCCGCAGGAGACUCUCAAGGAGUUUGUCCAACUCGUCUGCCCCGACGCUGGUCAGCAAGCUGGGCAGGUGGGCUUCCUUAACCCUAAUGGAAGCAGCCAAGGCAAGGUGCACAAUCCAUUCCUUCCGACCCCCAUGUUGCCCCCUCCACCGCCCAUGGCUCGGCCCGUGCCCCUACCAGUGCCAGACUCCAAGCCCCCUACCACGUCCGCAGAAGGAGGAGCCAACUCCCCGACAUCCCCAACCUACUCCACACCCAGCACUUCCCCGGCGCAGCGGUUCGUCAGCGUUGGACCCCGGGAUCCCAGCUUUGUAAAUAUCCCUCAGCAACCGCAGUGGUACCUGGGUUAAAGGCGAGCGUCUCCCACCACCCACCAGACAGACCACUUGACCCGUAGCCGGCACUGUGACAGGAAGGAGAGGACGAAGAGGGCUCGUCUCCCUGCUGGGGGAGGGGGAGGAGGAGGAGGAGGAGGCAUGAGGAUCACACGAUCAAGACCACCACCAACCCAUCGAUGCUGCACAACACGCGCCCCACCUUUCGGGAGCAUAGAGAGCGGCGCACAGAACUACCUGGCCGAAGAGCACCUGCACGUCACGGACUUGGUCUUUGCCCCCAUGGAUUUGUAAAUGGGAGAAUCAGGACCCUUGCUUGACCCUGGGGGGGGGGAUGGUUCCAGGAUCCCGAGUCCAGGUUUGACUCAACUGCUGGUCUCUCAGUGUGCGCGGCGGGUGAGGGUCUCGUCGGAUCGAUGAAAUAUUUAGGCUCAGAAGCCACCGCCCGCAGUCCCCGAGGCGAGCCUAAGUGUUUCAGCGCUGACGUCCGGAGAACAUCAAGAGACCCUGGCCUGGUAAGGUGAAGAAGGUGCCCCCGACGAAAACAACGAGAGUGCCUCCUGAAGCCCACUUCGACACACGUACAUUCAUACAUGCAGACAUGCGUGGAGCCCCGCGGAUGUGUGCAUGCAUGUCUGGGUGAGAUGCACCGGGAGCGAACGAAGCGGCCUGGAAGUUGACGAGCCGAAGAGCCGCGCACACGAGUACCGCCCGCCAGGUGCGUGCGUGCGCGCGAGUGUGUCUGUGCGCGCGCGCGCGCACGCACCCUCACGCACGAUGGGCCGUGCGCUUGUGCUUUGAAGGACGGCCGACGCAUUUGCUGCCAGGCUGGAAGCCCUCGUCCCCAGUAGAAACACUAAAAGGUUUUGUACAGAAGCGAAGAGAAGUGCGCUCUGUUUUUGUAUCGAGCGCGUCUUCAGAUGAGGAGGAGAAAAAGCAAUCCAUUGAGUUUGGGAACUGAGUAAAGUGCAAUUGAAUUGGAUGGAUGAAUAUCUUCAUAAGAUAA